AUGUCAGCAAGGACAAAGUUUACUGUUCGGCCACUCUCCAGGCCUCCGAGGUCCGAUCUUAAAGAUGCCUUGCGGGUGAACAUAUCAGCAUCUGCUCUGCUCUCCCUGAAAUUACGCCCAGGAGACCUAUGUCUGCUGCAACAAGAUGCUUCGCCGGAGAGGCCAGCAAUUGCAUGGCAAGCGGUCGAGAAGAUUCAGGACAAUGUGAUACAAAUUUCCAAGAUGCUGCAAGACCUGUAUGGACUUAAAUUAGGCGACAAGAUAUCUCUUUCAAAUACCAAUACCGCUGUGCAAGAUGCACACGCUGUCAAAGUUAGGGAAGUUGUAGAACUUGAAUCUUCACCUCCAAUUGGCCCUCUCUCGGACGAAGACAGGGCUCAUUGGGCAUGGCUGCUAUACGAUCCUCUGAGCAGAGCCGAGUGUCUGAUGUGUGGCUUACACUUCGAUUCUGUACAAGCUCGAGGUCAGAAACGCAACUUCAUUAUAUCGAAGAUUGACGGAGUUGAUUCACACUCAAGCUCUACGAUUUGUCGAUUUACACCUGCUACCACGGUCUCGAUUCUCUCCCGAGCAGACCAACCAGCCAGCGAUCGAAUGGUGGAGGGGCUGAGAGGUAUCAAAUUGGAUGAAACUCGCAUUGGUGGUCUCAGAAGGCAACUAGAUCAGAUCAAUCUCCUUCUGCGUAGAUUUGAACCACAAUUUCAGAACCUCACACGCCAUUACAACUAUCAGCCAAGUCAAGGCCUUUUGCUUUAUGGUCCUAAAGGAACAGGGAAGAGCCUGGUCAUUGACACAUUGGCUGACAUCCCAUGGCGGAGUGUUAUCCGGUGGUCAGCUGUCUCGUUAGGAAGAAAUGAUCUUGCCGAGCAGCUGCUGAAUCGGUUUUCGGAAUCUUUGCAUCAACAGCCCUGCUUGAUGAUCAUUGAGCAGCUCGAAAUACUAGCAUGCAAGCGAGGUACCAUGGAAGACUCUUCAUAUUCAAGCCUUGUGCCAGCUCUUCGACAAGGGUUGGAACUUAUUCGAAAAGCCGCGGUCCUUGUGGUUGCAGAGGUCAGGCAUCCAAACAAUAUCGACGACAGCUUACGAGCCCAAACAAGGUUUGGUAUUGAGAUAGAACUACCUGUACCCGCUGCAAAUGGAAGACUUGAGAUCAUGCGCUGUAUACGAGGCAAUGCAGACCAGCCUGAUGAUGCAAUACUCCAAGACGUUGCAGACCGAACGCAUGGCUACGUUGGAGCUGAUCUAUUUGCCCUGUAUCAACGCAUCCUCGAGACAGCUGCACACCGUACCCUCGCCCUGCAGGAGAAUAUGGAGCAUCAAUUGAAUAGUCCUCCUCUCGGCAGCUCAACUCACCAAAGUUCCCAUCCCUUCCAACCUGACUCACAACCAAAUCUCACAAUCCUCUCAACCGACAUAAAUACAGCUUUGUCCUCCACCCGCCCCACCGCCAUGCAAGAAGUGUUCCUCGAAACCCCUAAUAUUCACUGGUCCGACAUCGGCGGCCAACAGCACACAAAACAACGCCUCCAACGCGCCGUCACCCGCCCUAUCCGCAAUCAAUCCAGCAUGCAACGACUCAACCUCCGCACCAACCGCGGCGUCCUCCUCUACGGACCCCCGGGGUGUUCCAAGACCCUCCUCGCCAAAGCCCUAGCCACGGAAUCCGGACUCAACUUCCUCGCCGUCAAAGGCGCCGAACUGGUGAGCACCUAUGUCGGCGAAAGCGAGAGAGCGGUGAGAGAGGUAUUCCGCAAAGCUCGUGCGGCAAGCCCGAGUAUCAUCUUUUUCGAUGAAUUCGACUCUAUCGCUUCUGUGCGCUCUGGUGGCGGUAGUUCCAGCCCAACCGGCGGCAGCAACCUCAACAUCCUGACCACUCUCUUGAAUGAGAUGGACGGUUUCGAACAGCUCCGCAACGUCCUCAUCGUUGCCGCGACCAAUCGCCCUGAGAUCCUGGAUCCCGCCCUGCUUCGUCCCGGAAGAUUGGAUAAUCUGGUCUAUGUGGGUCCGCCGGAUGUGCAGGCUCGGAAGGAGAUCUUGCGCUUGUGGCUCAAGAAGAGUGAUGCGGCGGAGGAUGUGGACGUGGAUUUGUUGGCGGAGAUGACAGAGGGGUACAGUGGUGCGGAGAUGGUGAGUAUUUGUGAGACGGCGGGCGGGUUUGCGAUGGAUGAUGAGGAAGUGGAGCAGGGGUCGGGUGAAGGAGAGGAGGAGGGUGGUGAUGGUGGUGGUGGCGUGAAGAUUGGGAUGGAUCAUUUGAGGAGGGCGGUGGGAGAGGUAAGGAGGGGUAUUACGGAUGAGCUGGUCAGGGGUUACGUGGAUUGGGGGACUGGACGUGGAGGGACUUGA